GGCGGAUUUACAAAUUUGUUUCGCAAUCUUAUGAUUAUAUCAUUGAUUGAUAAGGCAUCCAAAUCGCUUCCUGUUUCCGCGUCACAUUUCCCAUCUGAACGAAGAAUAUGUCCGCCUGGUGGUCAGCCCUCCGACGAUCUCGCCCGUCCCUCCGCUCCACGUUCCGCCGGCCACCCACCUCUCUUCCACGGCAACCGUUGUUCCGUGCCUCCGUAGACCUCAAUAGUAAUCCAACUGCCGACGAUGCCUCAUCCCUGUUGAAGUGGGCCUCCGGGAUCAGCACCGCCUUUGCUCUUUCUCUCGUUUUGUUUUCAAAAUCUUCUCCGUCGGUUUCCUUCUCUGAUUGCGCUACACCAGCCACAGAUUUUACGGCUACUGUUCCUGCUGCCCCGCCUUCUUCGAUCGAUCAUCGUCGGCCUAAGUUUAUCUUUGGAGAUGCAUUUAGAAGGAAAGUGUUUUUCAACUACGAGAAGCGAAUUAGGAUGCGUAGUCCUCCUGAAAAGGUCUUUGCGUACUUUGCUUCCUUCCGUGGCAAGGAUGGAAUGACUUUUAUGACACCAGCCGAUUUGAUGAGAGCGGUUGUUCCUGUUUUCCCAUCAUCUGAAUCUAACCUUGUGAGGGAUGGAUAUCUAAGAGGGGAAAGGGGUCCUGGUGAACUGCAUUGUUCCCCUUCAGAGUUUUUUAUGCUCUUUGAUACAAACAGUGAUGGCCUGAUAUCUUUUAAAGAGUAUAUAUUUUUUGUAACACUACUUAGUAUCCCCGAAUCAAGCUUCUCAGUGGCAUUCAAGAUGUUCGAUCAUGAUGGUAAUGGGUAGGUUUCUAAUCCAAGUAUUGAAAAUUGCAAUGCAUGAACAUGCUAUAUAGGUUCAUAAAUUGUAUACAUUUCCACUUUUUGCAUAAUAGAACUUCACCAUUCUUUUUGAGAUUUUUUGUAGCACCUUGUAUAAUACUAUAAUUGUUUGCAUGAUGUCACUUAUACUUGACUAGAGGGCAUAAAGUAACCUGUAAAGCUUAUGUAUAUGCACUUUAGAUUUAGGAAUCUGGUAGGAAAGGGUUAAUGUACUUGAAGCGACGGGAAAUGUUAAAUUGGGCGUAACAACCGUAACUCAACCCAGAAGGGGAACAAUGCAGUUCACCAGGACCCCUAGAGUUGGGAUGUAUCUCAAAGUUAUAUACUCCUACCCCGGUGAGAUUGUCCCAUCUUUUCUUUUCGAUCCGUCCACACUAAGAUUGUCCCAGACUAAAUUUGGUUAAAUUGUGUGGUUCUAAAUCAUUCUUACUUUAUUCUUACAUUAUCAGUUAAUAUCAACCACAUAAACCUACUUUUCUUAAUAACCACACCACCUUCUCAUGUCCCAAUAGUAGUGGGACAGAGGUAGUACUAAAUUACACAACCAAUGUGGAAUUUCAACAUUAAAUAUUGGUUUUGCUACGCAGUGUCAUUUGUAUUGCUAUACUGUCAGUGGAACUCUGUUUUUUGGCUGUUUCUUGCAGUUCAAAUAUUACCGUCAUUUGUGUCUUUCCAUCUCAGUCAGGCGGUCUUUUGUCGCUUCUCUGCUAUCUUGGAUCAUGAAAAAGCGAUAGAUUUGGCAGAGUUCAAGCAUGUGAUGGCAUUGAUGCAAGCUCACAAUAGGCAAGGGGCCCACCAUAGUGAUGGACUUCGAGCAGGUCAACGUUUAGGUGGUCAUUUCGAAAAUGGAGGCCUAUUGAAAUACUUAUUUGGGGAAGAUGGGAAGCUGCAGCUUCAACAUGAUAAGUUUGUGCAGUUUUUGCGAGAUCUUCAUGAAGAAGUGAUAAGGUUGGAGUUUGCACAUUAUGAUUUUAAGUCACAAGGAGCCAUAUCAGCAAAGGAUUUUGCCUUGUCCAUGGUUGCCUCUGCCGAUUUAAGUCAUUUGGGCAAAUUGCUUCGACAGGUCGAUCAUAUAGACAACAACCCGCAAUUGUGCAAUCUGCGCGUCUCAUUUGAGGAAUUCAAGAGCUUUGCGGAGUUGCGCAGACAUUUGCUUCCGUUUUCACUUGCACUUUUCAGUUACGGGCAAGUUAAUGGGCUUUUGACCAGAACCGAUUUUAAAAGAGCUGCUUCUCAAGUUUGCGGGGUGGCGCUGACAGACAAUGUGAUAGAUAUAAUUUUCCAUGUGUUUGAUACAAAUGGUGACGGAAGUUUAAGCUCAGAUGAGUUGCUCAGGGUUAUCCAGAAACGGGAAACGGAUGCUGCUCAUCCUACAGAAGCUGGCUUCCUUAACUGGAUCUUUUGCUUCUUUAAUUGCACUCGAAAUUGCAGAGAUAAGAUCUCGCUGCUUACCUCGGGUUGACAAACCAUUUACUUCAUGGAAAGGCGUAACUUUUGGCAUCUAUAGGACAAAGCAUGUAGUUAUGCAAGCUGCUCUCCAUAUGACAAAUGUAAAUAUUCGGUCUUAUAUUUAGCAUAACAAUAAGGGCAAUGAUAGGAACGAGCAUGGGUCAGAGAGUGGUUCAGGAAUUUUGCCCUCACUAAUUUAUUAUGGGUAAAAUUAAGAAUAUUUUACCAUUCUUAGAACCAUUCUUUGACCUUAUCCUGUAUAUAUCAUCAUUAUCCUAAUAGCAAUAACAAUAAUAUGAUGAUAAUAUUAUUAAUAAUAAUAAUGGUAACAAAUCUUACGUAGACUUGGUCUACAGUCUACCCCAGCAUUUAAAGUACAAAGUAUUACAAUUGCACUUGGCAUUGGUGGAUCUUAGUGAUGUAAUAUAUAUUGAAUGAAAUCAAUGAAUGAGUUGUUUUGACUUUUGA